AUGAAUUCGAAUUCUAAACCGAAUGGCGCAAGCUUAAGGGGUGGUAGCAGGAGGAGAGUUCCCGGGAUGCCUUUGAUCAACGGAGGACGGAAGGAUGACAGAUAUCAUGAUCAAGAUCUUAUUCUGUUCCAGGAGUUGCAAAAGCGCGAAAAAGAACGCAGUAUCGUCAGCCUCCUCCAACCUGUUUCUGACGAGUUUGAGCCAAAUGGUGGCAAUUGCAACACAGAGGCAGUUGAACCAAGAAAUGGGAGGCCAAUAUCUCCAAAACCAAAACCGAAAAUCCCGGUAAGGAGAAGUGUCACCCCGAGUCAAAGACGAAGCAGCUGCAGUAGCACAGGCACAAGUGUAUUAUCCAAGGUCCAAACAAAAAACAGAACGACACCAGUCGCAGUUGAUCCUCGCCUGAACCAGAAACCAGCAACGAAUAUUAAUAUUAUUAGGUCAUCAGCAUCCGUUGACACAAGAGCAAAAAGAUCAGCAAAUUAUAACGUGGUCGGUGAAACAUCAGCUCCAGUAGAUUUCUUAUCCUCCUCGGACUUGGCAAUGGGAUUGGGAGGAGUGUUGAAGAUGGAAUAUUCGAAAACAAAGCCAACGGGGUCAGCAACAACUACUACUACUAGUAGUAGAGGUGCCUCUGCUGCCUCCCCUGAUCAUCUAAUUGUAGAUGGAUUUUCUAACGAGAAACCAGCUAAUGUGAGGACAGAACAACGCUCGACUUCUCCUACGCGAGGAGGACGAGGUAGAACUAGUAUGACUCCGACUCACCUGAUACAGUCCAAAGCAGCUGCACCACCAACUGCUUCAAAACCAGUAAGGAGGCAGUCAUGCUCACCAAGCGUCUCUAGGGGUCGGAAAGUACUGGAAGGCACGAUCCAGGUGCAGGACAUUACUACUAUGAAAAUUCACAGCAGCUUGAAUAAUACUCCAAGUUUAAAAGGAAGAAUUCAAACAGGAAACAAUGGAACCCAAGUUCUGGGAAGCAGAAUGGUGCAGAGAGUGAUGAAUGCUAGAAAAGAAGUUACUCAUCAUGAAGAAAUAAAAGAUCAUAAAAAACCAAAUCCGCGGUUUCUGAUUAAUGAAAACUCUGGUUUUGGAAGAAUGCACGGUACUCAUGCCUAG